UUGUGAUGAAAAAUGUCAACAAAACGAACAACACCGGCUCUUGCAUUGGUUCCUUUUUCUUUUUGCAUCAAUUUACUGCCGUUUUGCCAUAUCUGUGAAUUAUUAUCAGGCCCGCAGUAGGAAGAUUAACCAUUCGUUAUGUUGUGCCUGCAAAGCUAUCGGUUUGGACGCAAUUUAGCUAAAAGUAUACCAUCAUUUCUUUCCCGCGGUUGUACAACCACACCAGAGAGCACUGGAACAGAUCAACAAAUGGCAAACCCCCACCCGGAAGAACCAAUCAUCGUCGAGAAGGAAAACAACAUCACACUGAUCGGUAUCAACCGGCCGAAGGUGAGAAAUGCCAUCGAUUCGAUAACGGGCCGAAAGCUAUCGGCCGCAAUAGCAGAGUUCGAGGACGACCCAAAGGCGGACGUCGGUGUGCUGCACGGUAUCGGUGGCAGCUUCUGCUCCGGGUACGAUCUGAGCGAGCUGGCCGGGCAGCAAGAGCCACAGCAGGCACUGUCGAUCGUGCACCAACCGGAAGGUGUGAUGGGUCCGACGAGACGCAUGAUCCGGAAACCGCUGGUCUGUGCCAUUACCGGGUACUGUGUGGCCGGUGGGCUGGAGCUGGCGUUGAUGUGCGAUCUGCGCGUAAUGGAGGAGAAUGCCGUGCUGGGGUUCUUUAAUCGCCGAUUCGGCGUUCCAUUGAUUGACGGCGGCACGGUUCGCCUGCCGGCACUGAUCGGGCUUUCCCGGGCGCUGGAUCUGAUCCUUACCGGUAGGACCGUUACCGCUAAGGAAGCGCUCGACAUUGGCCUCGUGAAUCGUGUCGUGGCGGUCGGGGCAGGCCUUGGCCAGGCGUACAAUCUGGCGAUGAGCAUUGCUAAGUAUCCACAGCUCUGCAUCCGGCACGAUCGGGAUGCCGCGUACUAUGGUACGUUUUCGGCGGAAUCCUUCGAGCAGGCACUGGAACGGGAGGCAGCGAACGUUACGGUGGAGCUGCUGCAGGAAGCGAAGGAAGGGGCGGACAAAUUUCGGCAAGGAAUCGGUCGCGGCGGUAGCUUUAACGGAAUCAAGGAGCGCAAGCUGCCGGAUUGGGAACGGGCGGAGAUGAAGCACGAAUCGAAGCUUUAGGCCUAUGGGUGGGUGGGCUGGUUGGUAGGUGUAGUAGGCUGUGGAAGAAAUGGAUUUUUUUAAACAAUGUACAGUGCAGCGAGGAUGCAUAGAGAAAGUUGGAAUGUAGUGCUACUGUAAUUACGAAAUUGUUAAGUUUGCCACAUGUUAACAGUUUAGAGAUGAGGAAAACGCACGCAUAAAGGUAUGUAAUUAAGCGAAGAAAAAAGUAUCCUUAUAGAAAAUGAGAUAUCAGCAAGAAAAAAAGGAAUUUGCCUCUCCCCGACGGGGAAUCGAACCCCGGUCUCCCGCGUGACAGGCGGGGAUACUGACCACUAUACUAUCGAGGACAUGUGCUGAGGGGAGUGCUAUUUUCGGAUUGGUUGUCGCUGUCUGCCAUGUUGGGCUAAAAGAGGUGAUGGAAAAAAAACCCGACAUUGAACCACACAUUGUCUGCCAAAAGUGAUUUGUCAUCAGAAGGAAAAGAAAGCAAAUGAAAACACCACAAUUUAUCUAACAAUUGGUUUACUAAAAGUUCCUUUUCUUGAACCAAUCUGAGCCUCAACGGUCAGUUGUCACAUUCUUGUUCACGUGUACGUACACAUGCAUACACACACACAUACAUAGGGUUUACUGAAAGGGUGUUGUUAUUGGAAGAGACAUUCAUUUCCACAUUCACAUAAUUUCCUUUUUCUCAAACCCCUGCCGAGUGUAAGUGAUUUUAGCCGACAAGCUGCUUGAUCUACACAAACAACGAGAAUAGGGGGACACAGUGUGUUUUUUCUUCUUUUUGUUUUAAUAAUAAUGCAUAUAAUCUACAUCUAGGACAGUGGAUUUCUACUAACAGACACAGUGUGUGAGAGUUGAUCGCUUCUGCUCCUAAAAAGGCAUGCCACUCUGUCUAUCUCUCUCUCUCUGUCUACGUAGCGAGCACGUGUUUGAGGUCACGAUUUAGUGUGGACACAUGAAAAAGUUAGAAAAACAGUUUGCUGAGAUGAUUCGAGAUACAGGUGUGUACAGAAAAAAGGGACGAGAGUAGUAGUUUUGAAACCUUCCGAAUGUGUGCUGCUGCAGGAUUAGGAAUCGUGCAUACGAAUCAGUUGUAGUGGUAGUAGUAGUAGAUAGUAACUAGGUCCUCCAUUUUUUGCCUUCGUUCGUACUGCAUACACAUCUAUAGUCCAUGCAGGUUUUAGCAUAGAGAGAAGGAUAAGUAUCUUUUUAUAUCGUGUUGUUCUUACACUUGUUCAUCGUUUUCCAAUUAGAAGUAUAAAAUUAAAACAGCAGAAACACACACAUACAUACAUGCACACACACAAUCGCGUGCUCGAUUCUUUCCGGCAAUUCUUGUUUUUUUGUUUUGUUUUUUGUUUUAAUAUAGUUUAAGUAUAUUUAUAGAACACUACCCAAAUUUCUCAAACAGGCCCCACUCAGCCGUGGGCCCUUGUACGUCUUGUACGGAGGCGUCGCCCUGGGAGCUGUAAGGACACGUGUACUUUUCUAACGUUUGUUGUUGUACGAUUAGUGAUUGAUUGUGGCGUCUUUUGAGGGAACCCCCCUUUUUCGGCUUGCUGGGAUUGAAUUUGUUUGGUGCCGCUGGAAAUCGGUACUGUGGAUUUUAUCUUCCAACGGGCAUUUUCGGUCUAGUUUCGCCAUGCAGCAUAUCAUAUCGGUAUCUCUGAUCGUAAUAAAAUUCGAAUCCUCGGAAUUACCGUUUCAAAAUUAUCGUUCCUUUGAUCAUCUUCUUCCGCUUACUUUGCAAUGAAGGGUCAACAAAAAUAUAUAUAUUACCGUGUACGUAUGC